GAGGACGUCGAGGAACGGCCCUGAGGGAACGAGGCAGAGCGGGGUGGAUCAACGCUUCCAGAUGGCGUCUGUCUCCUCCACCGGAGGCUGGCGUGUGAAAGCUGUCAUCAUCCUCCUCGUGCUGGGCCUGCUGUACCUGUCCAAGGUAGCCCCGCUUGAUGAAGCUGUGACCAUUCCAACGACAGGUGGCGAGGGCUCUCGCCCCUCGGGGGGAGAAAUUAAGGUACUCUUAUCUAAGGGCCCAGACCCUGAGGGCAAAAUCACACCAACGGGCCAAUCAGUGCCUAGCGACAAAGACAGGUUGUUUCCAAUCACCACACAAACAUUCAGUACGAUGAGAGAGAGACACAGAGAGAGAAGAAGGAGGAAUGCCCCUCUCUCUGCUCACGAACCACAGAAGGUUUCUUUUAACUGCCCAACUGCAAUAUGUAACUCACCAAACUGUGUUAUUACGUACCCUGUGUUUUUUAGCAAGGGUGGCGACUCCACGGUGUGGAAAGCGUAUCCAAGGACGCAGUAUCAGGAGUUCCGGGUCUCGUCACGGAUGGUAAGAAUAACACUCAACACCAUUGCAAAUAUGCCCCCAGAACUGUGGUGUAGCACGGCAGAACAGUUAAAAUAUGAGUCCCAGUGCACGGCACGGAAACCAGAUUACAAAGCUCCCAAUUCGGGGGUCACUGGAUGUGCAUUUAUUGAACCAGAGCAUGAAACAGAUUUUUCUAAUUUAGGGGUCGCCGGACAUGCCUCUAUUAGAACAUAUAUUGAACCAUAUCAUGAAACAGGUUUUCCGGAAAAAACCCUAAUAUCCACUCCACCUAAACAAACAGGAGAGGAUGUAGAUUCUUCAAAAAAGGCCUUAAUCGCUCCACCUAAACUAACUAAGACCAAUUCGGCAAUGAGUUUAAUGUUAGACUAUGCACAUGAACGCAAUGUUAGCAACUGUUGGCUGUGCCAAAACAUGCCAGAAUCCGUACAUUCUCCCAUGUUUAGCCCAAUUCCUUUCACGAAAGCUGACUACGGUUUAGUUAGCUGGAAUGACAUAGCAUCCCGCAUUGGAGAUGAGGCCGAGGAUUGUUACACUCCUUCGUAUCCAAUAAACUCUGAGAAACCUCUACAAUACAAGGGUUUAAUCUCGCUCAUUGUUGAGACAGUAAAUAAAGAUUACCUGCCAGAGGGGUUCAAACAGUUGACGGUCCUAAGACUAAUAUAUGUGAAGAAAUAUAUUAACCUAGCUUUUGAAUACAGAUUCCAAUUAGCUCUAGCCCAGACUAAUUGCUCGGUUAACUUUACCAGUCCAAUAUGUACACUGCAACCACACACUCCAUCUUUAUUAGUUGAGGCUUUGGUAACAGUAGUGCCCUGGUUUGGCUCCAGAACAGUGGACUCAGUUGAGGUUAAAAUACAUGACUGUUCGCAGCCAUUACCCUUAGGUAAGUCCCCUACCCGUGACUGUUCUGUCUAUGUUCCCCCAGUUGUAGUACAUGAGUGGAAGAAUGUGUCCAUCUGUUUCCAGAAUGAAAGAGGAUCUCUUACUUCUCCAGAUGUGGGCCACAGCGACUGUAAUACCGUAAUAAAGGUGCAGUUAGCCAGAACGCCCCUCCCGCAGAGGGUUUACUUAGUUUGUGGGGACCGAGCCUAUGGCUGUAUGCCUUAUGACAUUUUAUAUGGCACCUGUUACCUGGCCUAUCUAAUCCCUUUAAUCCGUAAAGUAAAGACUGAUGAGAUUGCAGCUAUACUUCCUUCUCUACAUAGAAACAGCAGGUCGAUUACAGAAGGACAGCGGAUGGCUAGUCUAUUUUUACCAUGGUACGGUAUUUAUGUUUCUCAGCAGGAAAUUGUGGCGUUGUCCAAAGUAGUGGAAAAUCACUUAAAUGCAUCUAACACAGCCAUGUUAGCCGAACAUAAAGAAUUACAGGAGGUUAGGACUGUAGCAUUACAGAAUCGUAUGGCACUGGAUCUUUUAUUAGCCGCCCAGGGGGGCACAUGCAAGGUGAUUGGAUCUGAGUAUUGUUCUUUCAUCUCUGAUGCUACACCUGAGGUCAUGGAUAUGGCUCAUGAUACCGCCAGGGGGAUAAAAGAGUUGCAUGAAACUCAUGGGUUUACCCUUGGGGAUUUAACUGGAACUUUUGGAUCGUGGGGUGCGGGGUUGGUUAAAUUUGCAGUAACCGUUUCAAUGUUUAUCUUAGUUGUGCUAAUUGUGAUAAUCUGCUUGGUCACUGUAGUUAAACUAGCCAUACGAAAGAUGACCAAAACCGCCCUCCAGGCUCCACAGAGACUAGUAGGAUAUUCCACAGUUGAUGACUCCGUGUUGAUGUAUGACGCCCAGCUUUCAGAUCCGUGGGGCUCAAUCACGUCUUCUGCGCCAUGGGGACCCCCACACAAUGAAUGACAAGUUGAUUAAAAUUGACACUCAGAAUGUAGAAGAUGUAUAUAGAUUUUACCUUUUCGGGUUUUUACACUACGCAAUAAAUGUCUGAUUCUUCUUUUUCAGAUUUUUGAACAAUGUAUUUGACUAAAAUGAAUGUAUAGAUAAGUGCCUUACUUUUGACUAAAGCGUAAUGAAGUAUACGUGAAGUAAUGUUAAAGCUUGAAGACACUGCAAUUUUGCAGAUUACAGAUUAAUUGAAUCACCACUGUGAAUGUUAUACUUUGAACUGUGAAUUUCAACUGGACCUUUACAAUCCAGAUUUUAUACCUCAGGUGGAUUGCUAAUAAUCCUAAAUGUUAAAUGUGUUUUUACUAUAAUUGUCUUGAAGCAAAUCUUUGAGAUGCGAGCUAUUUUUAAAGUUUGUAAUUUGAUGAUUAAGGAGGACUGAAUGAUAAAUGAUAAAAGAGGUUAUUUGGAAACAUAUAUUUUACUAUUUUCUUCUAUAUUUUUUGGUAUGUUUAUUUUUGUGCUAUUGAUGAACAAUUUGUCUAAACACUGAGGACAUAUUUUGGUAUUUCUACACGGUCAUAUGAAGUUGAUAUGUGGAGCCAUUCCUGAAUGUUUAAAUAGUCUGAAUCCCAGGUUAUAAUGUGAAUGUCUUGAAAUAGUUGAUCUCUUAAAAUGAGACCAAAAGGGGGAUUUGUAGAGUUAUAUUUGUAUUUAUUCAUGUUAGCAAACUAUGGAUAAGCUUAAAAUGGGAAUAAUGUGGGUAAAACUGUGAGCUGUUGACAUGUGUUUUUGAGGACAAAGGAAGAUGGGGGAAGGUGAGAGCAUAUCUUGAUUUGCAUUCAGCUUAGAUCUUGCUACAGUGAUUGGGGAAACCUAAGAUUUGAGGUGUUAGUGAUA